CUCGUGCCCUCAUCGCCUACCCUGAGUUGAUGGGUAAUGAAAACAAUGUGACAGAAUUCAUUCUACUGGGACUUACACCGAAUCCAAAGAUGCAGAAAGUCAUCUUUGUUGUCUUUUUAUUCAUCUACAUCAUCACCGUGGUUGGAAAUCUGAUCAUUGUGGUAACCAUAACCGCCAGUCAGACUCUGGACUCCCCCAUGUAUUUCUUUCUGGCCUAUCUGUCAUUUAUCGAUGCCUGCUAUUCUUCUGUCAACACACCUAAACUGAUCGUUGACUCUCUCCGUGAGAAGAAAAUCAUCUAUUUCAAAGGCUGUAUGACUCAGGUCUUUGGAGAGCAUUUUUUUGGCGGGGCCGAAGGCAUCCUCCUCACGGUAAUGGCCUAUGACCGUUACGUGGCGAUAUGUAAGCCGCUGCAUUACUCGACCAUCAUGAACCGGCGUGUGUGUGGUGUGCUGGUGGGGGUGGUCUGGAUGGGAGGCCUGGUGCACGCAACCAUCCAGAUUCUCUUCAUGGUCGACUUACCUUUCUGCGGCCCCAACGUCAUCGAUCACUUCAUGUGUGAUCUGAACCCUUUGUUGAACCUAGCCUGCACGGACACGCACACCCUCGGCCUCUUCGUAGCCGCCAACAGUGGGUUGAUCUGUCUAUUAAACUUCGUCAUGUUGAUGAUCUCCUACAUCGUGAUCCUGCGCUCCCUGAAAGCACACAGUAAAGAGGGUAGGCGUAAGGCUCUCUCCACCUGCGUCUCCCACAUCACCGUUGUCGUCCUGUUCUUCGUUCCAUGCAUAUUUGUGUAUAUGCGGCCUGCCUCCACCUUCCCCUUGGAUAAAGCUAUUGCAGUAUUUUACACGAUUAUAACCCCUAUGCUAAACCCCCUCAUCUACACCCUGAGAAACGUCCAGAUGAAAAACGCCAUCAGGAAACUAUGGAGCAGGAAAGUGGCUUCUGAAGAUAAAUAG